GUGUAUGUGUGUGUCUGCACAAAGUGUGUGUUGAGGUUUGGUGAAAGAAUCACUGCUGAAAAAGGCAGAGCCUCCACAAUUCCCAGGGACCUGAAACACAGACAAAAGGAAAAACAGAAGGAGGGACAAGGAGGCAGGACCGAGAGAGGAGGGAACAGAGAGGUGUCCUGGGCCUGACCCCGCCCAUGAGCUUGAGAAGUGCUCCUGCCCCGGGAAAAGGCUCAGCGCAGAAGGAAGCAGGACAGCACAGCUGACAGCCGUGCUCAGGAAGCUUCUGGAUCCUAGGCUCAUCUCCACAGAGGAGAACACGCAGGCAGCAGAGACCAUGGGGCCCCUCUCAGCCCCUCUGUGCACACAGCGCAUCACCUGGAAGGGGCUCCUGCUCACAGCAUCACUUUUAAACUUCUGGAACCCGCCCACCACUGCCCAAGUUAUGAUUGAAGCCCAGCCACCCAAAAUUUCCGAGGGGAAGGAUGUCCUUCUACUUGUCCACAAUUUGCCCCAGAAUCUUCCUGGCUACAUGUGGUACAAAGGGAAAAUGAAGGACCUCUACCAUUACAUUAUAUCAUAUGUAGCAGACAGUCAAAUAAUUAUACCUGGGCCUGCAUACACUGGACGAGAAAUAGUAUAUUCAAAUGCAUCCCUGCUGAUCAAGAAUGUCACCCGGGAGGACGCAGGAUCCUACAACUUACACAUCAUAAAGCGAGGUGAUGAGACUACAGGAGUAACUGGACAUUUCACCAUCACCUUAUACCCGGAGACUCCCAAGCCCUCCAUCUCCAGCAGCAACUUAAACCCCAGGGAGGCCAUGGAGGCUGUGAUCUUAACCUGUGAUCCUGAGACUCCAGACGCAAGCUACUUGUGGUGGAUGAAUGGUCAGAGCCUCCCUGUGACUCGCAGGUUUCAGCUGUCCAGAAGCAACAGGACCCUCUUUAUAUUUGGUGUCACAAAGUAUAUUGCAGGACCCUAUGAAUGUGAAAUACGGAACCCAGUGAGUGCCAGCCGCAGUGACCCAGUCACUCUGAAUCUCCUCCCAAAGCUGCCCAAGCCAUACAUCACCAUCAACAACUUAAACCCCUGGGAGAAUAAGGAUGACUUAACCUUCACCUGUGAACCUAACAGUAAGAACCACACCUACGUGUGGUUGCUAAAUGGUCAGAGACUCCCGGUGAGUCCCAGGGUAAAGCGACCCAUUGAAAACAGGAUCCUCAUUCUACCCAGUGUCACAAGAAAUGAAACAGGACCCUAUCAAUGUGAAAUAUGGGACCGAUACGGUGGCAUCCGCAGUUUCCCAGUCACCCUGAAUGUCCUCUAUGGUCCAGACCUCCCCAGAAUUUAUCCUUCCUUCACCUAUUACCGUUCAGGAGAAAACCUCUCCUUGUCCUGCUCCUCGGACUCUAACCCACCGGCAGAGUAUUCUUGGACAAUUAAUGGGAAGUUUCUGCUAUCAGGACAAAAUCUCUCUAUCCCCCAAAUUACUACAAAGCAUAGCGGGCUCUAUGCUUGUUAUGUUCGUAACUCAGCCACUGGCAAGGAAAUCUCCAGAUCCAUGACAGUCAAAGUCUCUGCUCCUUCAGGAACAGGACAUCUUCCUGGCCUUAAUCCAUUAGAGCAGCCGUGAUGUCAUUUCUGUAUUUCAGGAAGACUGGCAGGCAUGAUGGCCUUUUCUCUUAUCCUGGUUCCUGCAGGGCUGACUGCCAUGCUUGGGAGAGGGAAAAGACUUAUUUGCCUGUGUCUGGGACUGGAUCUCCUCCUUCCUCCACUAAACUCCUGCUUCUCAGCCCUAAUUCCUGCAGUUCCCUUUCUCCCUGGCCUCUAUGCUCCCUGUGCCCCACUGUCUUUUAGAUAUAAUUAUCUCCAGCGUCUGCUCAUUUGUUUCUCAGAUUCAAAUGAGAAACACAAUUCCACAUGGUGAAAGCCUCUUCAUUAUUUUUAACAUCUCUCUAAGUGUAAUUCUCUCCAUUCCCAUAAAGCUCAACCACUUCUCAAAGCAUUGCUUGACUUCUUGUCUCCAGACUUUGAAACCUUCCUUGCAUAUGACUGCCUCAUUACCUUUCUAAAAUCUAGUUAUUUCACUUAAUCAAGA